UAUGAAUGUGCUUGGGUAGGGCUAUGGCUGACAUGAUAGAGACAUGUAUGCCCAACCAUAGAUAGCAAUUUCGAUUUAUCUCAAUUAAAAAGCCUGAAAUUCGAAAUCUUUAACAGAAACUGCCCAAUUAAAAGCUCAAAAUGUGGAGGUCCCUGUAUAUACUCUGCUUGGCCAUGCUGGUGUCCAAGGUGGCGUCUCAAAUCCUCUCCAUGUCAACAUGCGACAACACCAAGAGCUCAGUCAUCAUCGAACGGAAUGCUGAUGCGUUCAUCGCUGGGCUGUUUAGUCUUCGCAACCGAGGGCAGAACGGCCAAGGCUGUGGUACUCCAGAUUCAGUUAUUCUUCCGUCCUUUGAAGCUGCUCGUUUUGCAAUCAAUAAAAUCAACAGCCAAAAUUACAUACCAGGGGUAAAGCUAGGGAUGAAGGUGUUUGAUACAUGUGGGCGACCAGAGAUUGCUGCCAAGGAGAUCAUGCAGGUCUACCCGAAUUAUUAUUCCAAUAGCAGAUUCUGCCAAAACACCUCUGGAAAGAUGUUUCUGGGUAUCAUUGGUGCCAGUAAAAGUGGCGUGAGUACAAGCGUGGCUGACUGGCUGGGGAAGCUCAAGGGAGCGCAGGUCUCACCAUCAUCGACCAGCACUGACCUUGGUGAUAUCUCCAAAUACCCAUCAUUCAUGCGAACCAUACCUUCAGACUCACUGCAGGCCACGGCCAUAUUGGAAGUCCUAAAGAAACUCAAAUGGAAAUUCAUUAACCUCGUUUACAGCAAUGAUGUCUACGGGAAAGAUGGUUACAGCGAGCUUCUAAGGCUUGCCCUCGACAAUGGCAUCUGCGUUACCCAAGCUAUCCCAGUUGAUCCAGCAAACACCGACCCAACCGUCGUUAAAAGCACCCUGGAACGCCUGGCUGGAAGUUCAGCCACAGCUGUGGUCUAUUUUGGUUCUCCGAUCAUCCCGAAAGCGCUGUUAGACCAGGCCAGUAGUGUCGGCGGCACUGGCAAGCUGCAGUGGCUAUUCUCUGGUACUAUAGGAGGAAACCAAUACUUCGCGAAGAGCAGCCAAAACACCCGUGGGUAUCUGUCCAUUGCACCAGGCUCCAGAGAGAGUUCCGAGUUCAAAACGUAUUGGCUGUCCUUGGACGAAAAGAACAACGCUGGUAACCCGUGGCAUGCGGACUGGUACAUGAGCGUCAAUAACUGUAAGCUACCAGGUGUGACAUAUGCACCUUACGGCACCCUAGCCAAUUGCCCGACCAUCAGCCCUUCCCAGAAGAGUGACGAGUAUGUCCAGAACCAGUAUGCGUUGAGCACCAUUGAUGCUGUCUACACAUUCGCCGCCGCCCUGAAGAAAGCACGGUCAGACAAAGGCUGCGGAUCUUCUACUCCAGCAUGCCCAGCGGUAUCUGCAAUGACAACAGAUGAUUUCUUCAAUAAUUACCUAAAGAAAGUCGAUAUAACGUUCGGAUCUGCUGAAGGUCUUCCAAGUCUUACAACCAAUGCGCUUCCUACCAACACAGCCCACAAGAUCUCAUUCGAUGGCGCCGGUGAAAGGAUGAACUCCUAUCUUGAAGUGUGGAACUACAACGACAUUGGAGGAAAAUGGUUACCAAAGAAGGUCGGCUACUAUUACAAGCAGAAGCUCGACUUGUUCACUGGUAAAAUCAAGAUGUAUGACGCAAUCAGGACAACUGCUCUCCCGACUCUACCGGACUCGCUCUGUCCACCAGCUGGCUGUGGUAUCUGCCUGACCUUUCAGUCUCCAACAACGUACCUUAGAAUUCUCGGGGACAUCUACAUCAACGCCGUCUUCUCGGUUCAUAACAACGUGAACGGGAUCACCUGCAGCAGAGUCAGAGCCGAUGGGGCACAGUUGUCGCAAGCCUUCAUCUACGCCAUUAAGAACGUCAAAACAAAAUUUCCUAACAUUCUGAAAAAUAUUCGCCUCGGAGCUUUAGGGUUCGAUGACUGCAGCAGUAAUGCUCUGGCGUCCAGUAUGGUGUCUAAUUACCACAGUGGUAUAAUCACGGUGAUUGGAGCAGAUGGGAAGGAGAUCAAACCACUGAACACAGUAGCCUACACGGCGGCUCACGACAGCACGAUCUCCAUUACUGUUGCGGAGGUGCUAAACAAGAUCAGAAUGCCCCAGGUCGGCUAUAGGUCCACCAGUACCACCCUUUCUGACCGGAGUAAAUUUCCGUACUUCAUGCGGACUGUACCCAAGGACAACAAACAAGCAAGAGCCAUCGUCCUGGCGCUGAAACAGAUGGGAUGGGAUUACGUCCAGGCUGUCCAGGCUCCAGAUGAUUACGGUCGUGAGGGAGUACGGGAGUUCAUCUCACAGGCAGCUUCAGAAGGCUUGUGCGUUACCGCGAAAUUUGAAAUCGGCACACAAGGAUCGUAUGAAGAAAUUGUAAAUAAACUUCUUGCGAAGAAGGAAGCAAUGGUGGUCGUAGUUUUUGGUGAAAUAGAAGAUUUCCGUGGGCUGUUGCAGGCAAUUAAGACAUUGAAGAAAGAAGGACAGCUUCUCCUCUUUGGAAGUGAAACUUGGGGCAACUCACUGCAAGUCACUCGAGGGCUUGAAGAUACAGCUGUUGGCAGCUUUUCUGUCAAGUUGUCUUCACCGUUCUUAACGAAAUAUGAGAACUACCUGAAGGCCCUUCAGGUCAGCACGUAUGUCGAGAAUCCGUGGUUCAGGGAGUUCUAUCAAGAGGCACACAACUGUUAUCUCUCGGCAGCUCACCAGCCAUUCUACCAUAAACCUUGCAGCACGAACCAACCAAUCACAGACGGGGUCUACUUCGAACAAGACGAAUAUGCGUACUACAUCAUCAAUGCUGUCUACGCCAUCUCAAAUGGACUUGACAGGACCUUAGCCCAUUUCUGUGGUGGUACAGGGUAUAGUGGUGUUUGCAACAAAUUCAUCAAUGCCCCGACCAGGGGUGAGGUGCUCCUUGCUGAGAUCGAGAAGGCUGCCUUUAGUGAUGAGGCAAACAAGCCAUUCAGAUUUUUAGACAGAGAAGGGGAAGGCAUUUAUGAAAUCUACAACUACAAAAAUAACAAACAAUACGACAAGCUAGGUGAAUUCAAGUUCGCCACUAACAGACUCGAUAUUAACUCAGCGCAGGCCGAGUUUUACAACAACCUAGCAGUGGUCUCGAAGUGCGCCGGUGGCACCACCUGUCGGACAUGUUUGCAGAAGUUAACCAGUAAGGUCAUGCAUUUGGAUGGUCAGAUCCUCAUCGGGGCUCUCUUUCCAAUCCAUUACACUGGAGGCAACAUUUACACUUGCGGGGACAUCAAACCCUACAACGGAUUCCAAUACAGUGAAGCCUUUGCCUGGGCUAUUGAUGAGGUCAACAAAGGUGCGGCUGGCAGCGCCCCCGUCAGAUUAGACGGCGUCAAAUUGGGCGGCGUAGGAUUGGAUGAUUGCUCAAGUGAAAUGCAGGCGUCAAAUCUGGUUUCCACAGUCCAUUCGCAGACGUUACAACUCAGCAAGAACGGGCAGACGAUCAACCCAACACGCAUACAUGCCUGGUUAUCCUAUGGCAGUUUGACCUCCAUGAAGGUCGGGGAGAUGUUACGACAGCUUCAGCUUCCGCUAGUCAGCCCGAGUGCCACCAGCACAGUUCUCAAGGACAAGGUCGAGUACAGUACAUUCUACCGGACCGUACCACCAGACGACAAACAAAUGACAGGAAUGGCCGCACUCAUCUCCAAACUCAGGGUUAGCUGUAUCCAAACUGUGCACAGCGGAAACAUCUAUGGUAGGACUGCUUUCUCUCAGUUUAGGAGAGCCGCCAAGGAUAAAAAACUGUGCAUCCCUGCUUGCUUUGAAAUGGACGCUGAUGGUGGUAACGCGAAUGCGAUAAUGGUAGAGCUAGCGAAGUCAACCACAAGAGUAGUCCUCGUCAUCGCUGAGCCAGAGCACGUCGCGAAGUUGUUGGCUGCAAAGAAGAACGUGUCAGCGGCGGGGAAUAUACAAUUCAUUGGGUCAGAAAACUGGGGGACCCUUAAGGCAGUUGUACGUGGCUACGAAAAUCAGGCUGCAAAUGCGGUUACCAUGAAAGUCCAAGCGCCUGUCAUUCCAGAAUUCACCAACUAUAUGAGCACCAAGUACGCCACAAAGAAUAGCAGGAACCCUUGGUUUGAUGAAGCCUUCCAGCAAUUCUAUCAAUGUGACAUAGGAAGUGCAACCAAGUACGGAAAACCCUGCAUCAAUGAAGGUACCACCUCUUUCACGAUGUCACCCAACUUCGAACAAGAAAACUGGGUCGUGUCCACCAUCGACGCAGUGUUUGCCAUCACCCAGGCCAUCAAAAUCACCCUGACUGAAGUCUGCGGUAGCUACUUCACUUCAGGCAAAGGAGUCUGCGCCCAAUUUGCCGGUGAUGACAUCAAUGUGAAGAUUCUUGACAAUCUUGCAAAGGUUAACUUCCUCUGGAAACCCCAGAACCACACAUUUAUGUUCAAUGAAAGAGCGGGAAGCAUGGGGUAUGAUGUGUUCAAGUAUCAACAGAAAUACACCAAAAUUGGCCGGUCGGAUGGUGCACAAGCCGAGAUACUCCCUGAACACGAUGCCACGAUAAAGUACUAUCAGAACCUCCCCACUGGCUGCAGUCCUUGUGAUGCUUGUAAGAUUGGUUCCGUGCCGGACAAGAAGGAGAAAUUCACUUUAAUAGAGGGAGACGUCAUGAUUGGAGGUGUCUUUGAUGUGCAUCUUCGUGACACCUUUCCAUUCGCAUGUGCCGGUGUCAAGAAUGGAGUCGGCGGGUUCCAGCUCAUCGAAGCCUUCAACUUCGCCAUAGAACAGGUCAACAGCAAACGCGGCUGGUGGGGCAACAUUCUUCAAGGCGUCAAGCUGGGUGGUGUUGGCCUUGACGCAUGUGAGAGUGCUAUCCGAGCAGGGAACCUCAUCGCUGACUUCCACAGUGGUGUGAUCACGUUGGAAAAGAAUGGCCAGAAAGUUGACCCCAAGAAGAUCGUUGCGUAUGUUGGCGCUUCUUCGACUGACCGCUCCAUGCAGAUGGCUGAUGUGCUAACAGUGCUCGGGAUCCCACAAAUCAGUUACGGUUCAUCAGGCAUGCAGCUCAAGGACAGGAAGAAGUAUCCUUUCUUCACCCGGACCAUUCCGUCAGACGAAAAACAGAUGAAAGGCAUUGUGACACUGCUUAAGAAGUUUGACAUCGAUAAUAUCCAAGUCAUCAACUCUCCAGAUCCUUAUGGAAUAUCUGCCUCAACGGAGCUGAUCAGAAUAGCAAAAAAAAACGACAUAUGCAUUGCGCAGAACAUUACCUUCCAAGACCGUGGCGUCAUCACACCUCAGAGCGCCCAAGACCUUGUUAACUUACUUCUUAAUCGACCGAACGCAACUGUUGUAGUCACCAUCCUUCCCAACGACUACAUCAGUUUGUUUCUGAAGGCGGUUAAGGCCACUGGUAUCCAAGGAGCCGUAGGCAAGUUCAGGUUUAUUGCCUCCGAAGGCUGGGGCAAUGAUCCUACAGUAAUCAAAGGAGCAGAGAGCUUCCUCGACGGGACUGUCACCUUCAAUCUCGAGUCUGCGCCAGUUAAAGAUUUCGACAAAUACCUAAAGACGAAAUUUCCUAACAGUUACACCAGAAAUCCGUGGUUUUCCGAAUACUAUGAAAAGGUAUUCCAAUGUACUCUUCCUGGCAACAUCUUGCAGUACCCCAAACCAUGCCCUAAGACGACUGAAAGCGUCACGACAACUGCUGCAAAAUACAAACAGGACCCUCUAGUGAUGUACGUCGUCAACGCCGUGUAUUCCGCUGCUAUUGGGAUCAACCACGCUAUCAAGGACCUCUGCGGUACAAACCAUACAGGAUUGUGCGACAAGUGGAGAGCCAGUCAGAAUAAGAAGAUGGUCGUCCUUCAGGGUAUCAAGCAAAACACGUCCUUCACUGACGCAACCAACCAACUGUUCAAGUUCGUUGGUGAUGGAGAGAGCAUUCGAGGAUAUGAUGUCUACAGCCUUGACAAGUUGGCCAUUCAAGGGAACAUACUGGCUUAUAAAAGGAUUGGUAAAUAUGUAGAUGACUACAACCAGACAUCUGUCCUCAACCUUCAGUCUAACUACCAGUUCAAAUGGAACUCCAACUGCUCCUUCGAAGAAUCAUGUAACAUGUGUCCCUACAAAGCCAGGAAGAAGUCUAUCUAUAUGCAGGUUCCCAGUACAAAGGACAUCAAUAUGGUCGGGUUCUUCAAUAUUCAUGAGCCAGGUCCGAGCUACCUGAACUGUGGUAAGCUAGACAUCAAUGGAGGCUUUCAGCAAAUGUUGGCAUUCUUCUACGCACUUGAAAAGAUCAACGCUGGCAAAGUUGGGAGCGCUGACGUGAAGAUAGGAGGGUUGGCCAUUGAUACGUGUGCUAACGUCAACAGAAUGAGAAUUGACUUAUAUUCGUACCUUUCUGGAAAUGGCAUUUGCUACUAUGCGAAGUACACAGACCUCAUCAAACCAGAGACCGUCGUCAAUUACAUGACCCAGGGAGACACCUACAGUACAGCAGCUAGCCAGAUACUCGGCCCUAAGAAGAUCACUUCCAUCAGCCCAAUGGCCGAUUCUCCAGCUUUGAGUGACAACAACACUCAUCCAUUCUUUCUGAGGACUAUCCCACCUUGCACCAUUGAAGCAAAGGCUAUCGCAGAUAUCCUCAUUAAAUUCAAAUGGGAUUACUUUCUUGCUGUGUACAGUGAUGAUGCGUGUGGUAAAGCCAACAUCGCCGCCAUCCUCUCGAGUGUUGCAUCAUCCAAUGGUACGCUCUGUAUGGGGAAGAGUCUCAUGGUGCCGAAGGACGCAACUGCAGCAGAGGCAGCCUCCAUCAUUACUACUAUGGCUUACCAAUACAAGUACGGACGUGCUCUGGUGAUGUUUACCUCUGAAAGCGACACAACUCUCAUCUUGAACGCUGCCCAUGGUUACAGCCUGAUAAAUCGAUUCAUCUUCAUCGCAGGUCGUGGCUGGUCCAACAAGUUAUCAGUGCACAAAAAUGUCGAGCGCGUUGCACGUGGUGCUAUCACUCUAUCGAUACGCAACUACGGCGUAAGCGAUUUUAGGACCUGGACCCUAGGUCUGAAUAUGACGAAUCAGUACAAAAUCCCAAUCGAUUGGUUCCAUCAGUUUUGGCAAGAUACUCACCAGUGUUACAUCACAGGAAGCCUAGUCCGUGCACACCAAUACAAAGUCCCUUGUUCCAACACAGACGUCUUGACCCAAAGCAUGAUUCAAGACAACCCGGAUGUGUUGCAGACGAUUAUAGCUACGUACAUCACCGCAAGGGGGAUGUCAGACCUGUACAGAUCCCCCAAUUGUACAGUUGGGGCCUGCACAAACAUAAAGCUAGAAGACGUGAGAAGAACCCAGAUUUACAGCGCCAUCAAGUCAGCCAAUUUGGACGUCCUCCCAGACGACAUCAAAGAAGAUUUCAAGUUCCUCUUCCGGCUUGGUGGUUAUGGCAAUACUGGCUAUUUCGUUCAUAACCUACAGAAGUUCGGCAGUGACUACAAAUUUGUGAAGUUGGGCAAAUGGUCUGGUUCGCUGAAUAUCAACACAACCAAUUACAAAACCUACCAGGCCACUGGUCUUCCGUACCCACCGAACGCCAUCCCCACGUCUUCUUGCCCCAGCAGCGACCCGAGCUGUGGCUGUGAGAAAGUCAUACCUCAACCGGAAAACAGUACACUGAUUCCGCCACCGGUUAAAGAGGAGCCGUUCAAAGCGCCACUUGGGAUAGCUUUGGCUUGCCUCAACAUCAUCGGAGCAUUCAUGUGUUUCAUUCUCUUUUUCCACUUCAUCUGCUUCUAUCCAAAGAAGGGUGGUACCCAGAGUCUUGGUUUCUUCUGCCUCUUCUCCCUCAUGCUAAUGUUCAUUUUCAACUUUUCCUACCUUGUCCACGCCUGCGCGAUCACGUGUGGCGUUCGCAGAUUCUGCCAGGGUGUCAUUUACGCGAUGAUCUUUGCACCCAUGUGUGUUAAGGUCAUGAACACUUGGCGCAUUACAGGGCUCAUGAAAGACGACUUCGUAGUGAACAGCAGACGACGUUUCUCGCAUCCAGCCGGCCUGAUGAUGAUUGCCAUCUGUUUAAUCUUGGUCCAGGUUAUCAUAGGAACCGAAUGGUUGAUCAUAGAACCGCCAACAAUCGAAUACAUCAACUUCAAUGGACAGGAAUGGCCGCGAUGUGCACCCGAAUGGUUCUACAACCAGGGCCUUGUUCUCAGUUGCCUUUACGUUGUCUUCUUGAUGUGUCUAACGACCUUCUUUGCCGGAAUCUGCUGGCCGGUCAAGGAGAAUAACCACGAGGCUCGCUGGAUCAUGGGUGGGUCCGCCUUCGUAAUGGGGUCCUGGUUGGUUUGGUGUAUCGUUUCCACCAUGACAGACAUGCAGUACAGGGAUGGAGCCACAGCAAUAGGAAACUUGUUCUCUGGGUUCGGGCUACUUGGGUUUGUCUUCUUCAGGAAGUGCCAUCUACUUAACCAGUACAGGAAAGCCCAGAAGGAAAAGAAAACAAAGUUGGCGGACGGUCUGGAUUACCCCGACAAGGAUAGUGAAAAACAUUCCGUCCAUUCUACAAAAGACAGCAAAUCAGCAAUGUCCUAGAGACAACCUUAUUGAUGACUUGGAACAAAAUUGAUUUGAAGGUGCAAGCCACUGGAAAACGACAACUGUUCAGUCACAGGCCUAUAUAUCUUUAAUACACGUAGCGCAACCUUGUGCAAGUAUUAAAGUGGUACUGCUCGUGCGACAUAUGCUAUCGUUAUAUUUUUAUGUUUUUGUAAUUUAUUUUAGAUUUUAUGUAGUGUACAAAUUUAGAUACCGUUCUUAAGAUAUGCCAUAAAUUGAAAAUUAAACAAUCUAUUAGUUGAACAUUUAAAAGGUGAACUGAAUAUUGGUCGGUUGUGAUUGAGAUUUAGUUAAAACAGUCAUACUCGUAGUGACAUAACACAGCUGAAAUCGAUUGUUUCGUCGCGGAUUUAUUCACCUACCCUGGAGCAGCAGGACAAGGGUGUGAAGACAGUUGCAGCAGCAAAUCAAAGAUGCAUAAAACUAGGCCCAGUUAACCUUAUUAACUGACAUCACUCUGUAAAUGCCAACGUUUCGGAAGAAUUUGCUUCAAAUCUCGCAGUCCGUCUCGAGCGGACAUAUCAUCUUUCUAGCUAGCUGUAAAUAGCAUGACAAGCCGCACCCACCCGCACACCCAAAUGGACUAAGGGGGCCUGAAUAUGCAUGAUCGGAAACUGUUAUUUUACACGAUCUUCUGCCCAUAUAUUUCGAUAUGGUAAAGAGAAUAAACGACAGUAUUAAUGAAAUUUGAUAUAAACAUAAAUGAGUGGAUACCGAUGACACAUUUGAACGUUUUGAACACCUUCACAGUCACUAGUGGCAAAAACGAAACUUCUGUCUGGGCACAAUCCAUAUGGGAGAGUUUCCUUCCAAAUUGCUAGCAGUCCGGAUUGAUGCGGGACAGCUGUCCAUAACCAUAUUCAUUUUCGUAUGCUAUGACCUUAUUCACUGGUUGUGACAAUGUAUGUAUAGUAAAAUUGAAAUGUGUAAAGAAUGUCUGUAACUAAUUUUAAUAAACAAUAUUCACACUA